AUCGCAUACUAGCGUACUAAAGAGAACGUCAAUAGCGCGUUAGCGCUGGUGCGGUGCUACCGGUGCGUACUAUUUACAUACACUCUGAAGUAAAGUAGUAUGUUUUUGACAUAGGCUCUAAUAAGACCAAGCUGCUGUACAAAAUGGCUGUGCUUCUGUAGGCAAACAAGUGGAACACGCUGAAGACUGCAAAACCUGACGUCUUCCACUGACUUGUGGGGUUCAUUAGUGUUACUCUGGAGAAAAACCCGUAACAGGCUCGGGAAUUAGCGGCUUAAACAUGGACACCACAGGCUCUCUGAAGAUGACUGCUAUGGCCUCCCAGAGCAUCUUCAGCCACGUGGAGGAGGAGAACCUGCCAGCUGUGAGAGCUUACCUGGACAAACACCGUGACGUGGACAGCAGGAGUGAUAGCGGACAGACUCCUCUCAUGUUGGCGGCUGAGCAGGGCAGCGUUGAGAUUGUGCAGGAACUCAUAAGAAGAGGAGCCAAUGUUAACCUGGAUGACGUGGACUGCUGGACUGCACUGAUUUCCGCCUCCAAGGAGGGCCAUGUAGAGGUGGUGAAGGAGCUGCUGGCCAACAAUGCAAAUCUGGAGCACAGAGACAUGGGCGGCUGGACCGCUCUUAUGUGGGGAGCGUAUAAGGGUCGUGUGGAGGUGGCUCGUCUUCUGCUGGAGAAAGGAGCAAACCCGAACAUCACUGGUCAGUACAGUGUAUACCCCGUCAUUUGGGCAGCAGGCCGAGGCCAUGCCGAAAUUGUUCGGCUUCUACUACAACACGGUGCUAAAGUCAACUGCUCUGACAAGUAUGGCACCACGGCAUUGAUCUGGGCAGCGAGGAAAGGUCAUUAUGACUGUGUGAUGCACCUGCUGGAGAACGGUGCAAAUGUGGACCAGGAAGGAGCGAACUCGAUGACAGCUCUGAUAGUGGCAGUGCGUGGUGGUUACACAGAGGUGGUGAAAGAGCUACUGAAGAGAAACCCCAACGUCAACAUGACUGAUAAGGACGGAAACACGGCACUGAUGAUCGCUGCAAUGGAGGGCCACACUGAGAUAGUGCAGGACCUGCUGGACGCAGACACCUACGUCAACAUUCCUGACAGGAGUGGAGACACGGUUCUAAUUGCGGCAGUGAGAGGAGGCCAUGUGGAGAUUGUCCGAGCUUUGCUGAAUAAAUACGCUGACAUUGAUGUUAAAGGCCAGGACGGCAAGACUGCCCUCUACUGGUCAGUAGAAAAAGGCAACGCCACCAUGGUGCGAGAUAUCCUGCAGUGUAACCCAGACACAGAGGCCUACACCAAGGAAGGGGAGACUCCACUAAUUAAAGCUACCAAAAUGAGAAACAUUGAGAUUGUUGAGCUUCUUCUUGACAAGGGAGCGAAAGUGUCUGCUGUGGACAAGAAAGGAGACACAGCGCUGCACAUUGCCAUCAGGGGUCGGAGCAGAAAGUUGGCUGAGCUGCUCUUGAGGAACCCGAAAGAUGGCCGCCUACUCUACAAGCCCAACAAGCAGGGCGAGACGCCCUACAACAUCGACUGCACGCACCAGAAGAGCAUCCUCACCCAGAUCUUUGGUGCCAAGCACUUGUCCCCUACGGAGUGUGAUGGCGACAUGCUGGGUUAUGAUCUGUACAGCAGCGCGCUGGCUGACAUCCUUAGCGAGCCCACCAUGCAGCCUCCCAUCUGUGUGGGUCUGUAUGCUCAGUGGGGCAGCGGCAAAUCCUUCCUGCUCAAGAAGCUGGAGGAUGAAAUGAAGACGUUUGCAGGCCAGCAGGUGGAGCCAUUGUUUCAGUUCUCCUGGAUGGUGGUGGUGCUGACUCUGCUGCUAUGCGGCUCUGUAGCUGUGAUUCUUGGCUUCUCCGUCGAUCCCAGGCUGGCCAUUGCUGUGGCUCUCAGCCUGCUUGCCCUGCUUUACAUAUUUUUUGUGCUGGUGUAUUUUGGCGGGCGCAGAGAGGGCGAGAGCUGGAGCUGGGCAUGGCUCAUCAGCACCAGGCUUGCACGCCACAUUGGCUACCUAGAGCUGCUGCUGAAACUGAUGUUCGUCAACCCACCAGAGCUUCCUGAGCAGACUACCAAGGCCUUGCCUGUCAGAUUUCUGUUUACAGACUAUAACCGCCUGUCGAGUGUGGGUGGAGAGACCUCCAUGGCUGAGAUGAUUGCCACGCUAUCAGAUGCAUGCGAAAGAGAAUUUGGUUUCUUGGCCACUAGACUCUUCAGAGUCUUUAAAAAUGAUGAGACACAAGGAAAGAAGUGGAAGAAGACGUGCUGCGUGCCAUCUUUUGUUCUGUUUGCACUGACUCUGGCGUGCCUGGUGACAGGUAUGGCCCUCUUGGCUAUAUUUAAAGUGGAUUCAGCUAACGUGACUGUAAAAGCGGUGCUAGUGGCUGUGGCCAGUGUGGUUGGCCUCGCUCUGUUGCUCAACUGCAGGACCUGGUGGCAGGUGGCCGACUCUGUGCUGCGCUCGCAGAGGAGGAGGCUGCACAGCGCCGCCAACAGCAUGCACAAGCUGAAGAGCGAGGGAUUCAUGAAGGUGCUUAAAUGUGAAGUGGAGCUCAUGGCUAAAAUGGCAAAGACCAUCGAUGGCUUCACUCAGAAUCAGACUCGUCUGGUCGUCAUCAUCGAUGGCCUGGACUCCUGUGAGCAAGAUAAAGUGCUGCAGAUGCUGGAUACGGUGAGGAUUCUCUUCUCCAAGGGCCCCUUCAUCUCCAUCUUUGCCAGCGACCCCCACAUCAUCAUUAAAGCCAUCAACCAGAACCUGAACAGCGUGCUGCGUGAUUCCAACAUCAACGGCCACGACUACAUGCGCAACAUAGUGCACCUGCCCGUCUUCCUGAACAGCCGUGGCCUCAGCACGGCCAAGAAGCUCUCCAUGGCUGCGCCAACCAACGGAGAUCUGCUUGCUGCUGAGGCAUGGCAUGAGGAUGCGGACAGAAAGUUUCAGUCUCAGAACAGUCUCGGAGAGCAGGCCAAGCAGGGCAGUAAAUCGACUCUGAACAGGAGGGAUACAUACCGGAGGCGUCAGAUGCAGCGUACAGUCACACGCCAGAUGUCUUUUGACCUGACCAAGCUGCUACUUACUGAGGACUGGUUUAGUGACAUCAGCCCUCAGACAAUGAGGAGACUCCUCAACAUCGUAUCAGUCACAGGGCGACUCCUCCGAGCCAAUCAGAUCAUCUUCAACUGGGACCGGCUGGCGUCAUGGAUCAACCUAACGGAGGAGUGGCCCUACCGGACGUCCUGGCUCAUCCUCUUCCUGGAGGAGAACGACGUCGUCUCGGAUCAGGUCACACUCAAAACCAUCUACGAGAGGAUUUCUAAAAACAUCCCCACCACCAAAGAUGUGGAACCCUUGCUGGAAAUCGACGGAGACAUCCGCAGCUUUGAAGUGUUCCUGUCCUCCCGAACCCCCGUGCUCACGGUGCAUGAUGUGGAGAUGUUCCUACCCUGCACCGUCAACUUGGACCCCAAACUUCGAGAGAUCAUUGCAGAUGUGCGUGAUGCCCGGGAGCAGAUGCACCUCGGAGGAGUGAGCUAUCCCACAAUGCCCCUGCAUGAGGCUCCGGCGAGGCCGCACUCAGUGUUUGGCCAGGGUCCUGCAGCCUGCUCGCCCACCGGCUCCUUUCCCGCACAGACUCACAGCAGCUACUUCAGUGGCCUCACUGGCCCACAGCACCCCUUCUACAACCGGCCUUAUUUCCCUCCUCAUGUUUAUCACGUGCCCCGUCAUUAUCCCGGCAACCCCCUCCAUGCCCCCUCCCGCCCUUCCUCCAAACUGGCCUUCCAUAAGGACCACAACUCUGGACUAGGUGUUAUCAGAGAAGAUGCCUUUGAAGGUUCCCCCUCCCUCACCUCCCCCUCUAUGACAAAGUCUCAGCCUCCCAGAGUGAAGCAGGGCACUGAUUCUGCAGUAACCCCUGGGCUCCUUAGCUCUCUUAGCACUGAUGGUGUAUGUGAAAGACUGCGCCAAAUCGAGGGCUUGGACCCUAGCAUGAUGGAGCAAUACAUCACCACUAUCAAAAAGGCGAAUGUGAACGGUCGUGUCCUGUGCCAGUGUCAACUGGAGGAGCUCAAGAAGGAGAUGAACAUGAAUUUUGGGGACUGGCAUCUCUUCAAAGCAAUGGUGCUGGAGCAGCGGCAGGUGGAGAGCCAGCUGCUGCAGGAGGAAUGUGUGAGGGAUAGUGAGCAGGGCAGCAGUGCAUUGGUUCAGCCUGAACCUCCUCCUGUCUGUUCUACAGCAGCCCCCCACAGCAGCCUACAGUACAGCCUGAACCUCAGCUUCGAGGAGCUCAGCAAUGCCGGACUGGAGGAGCCCGCCAGACCCCCCGUCAACCACUGGAUGGUCGUGACCCACAGGACUCCCAGCAUGUCCAGUCUGAAUUCUCAGGAGUCAUCCAAUGACAUUAGUAAGUUGACUGACAGGCAGCAAGCAGAGUACCGCAGUGCCUACCAGGACUACAUCUCUCACAUGGCCCAGCUGGAGGCAGGCGGCUCUGGGGCUGAGAGAUCAGAUGACAAGGCCAAGGAUGGUGAGCAGGAAGGCCGCAAACCCUUCAAGAGAAACUCUAAAGCAGGAGAAAGUGUGAUGGACUACUCCACUACCCAGGACUCUGGUCUUCUCCAUCCAAUCACGGAGGAGGACGAGAAACCAGAGCGUAAACCCUCUGUGAACCGCACCAAGGGACCGGGGCCGCGUUACCACAGCGUACCCAAUGAAGAGGAUGAGGAGGAGUGUGUGCCCGAGGAGACUGAUGCCACACCCCUCCUCUGGGAAGAGCAGCAAGAGGAGGUGCAGGCAAAGAGCUUUGUCUCUGCCGGGAUGGACAAAAAAGAGUCGUCUGACUCAGGCAUGAGGUCGAGUGGCAGCUCCUCUAAUCAUUCACUGCAGGACGAGGAGAGUGAGGAGGCUCAGGAAGAGGAUGAGAAGUCAAAAGAGGAAGACCUUGUGACCACAAUUCGCAUGUCCAUCUGCUCAGAAGCUCUGUCUGAGGCCAGCAGCCCUGAGGAGAACUGGGCCACCUCACACACACACACGCAGGCCGUCACCAACCUGAACCAGGCAGCCAGCAACAACUCGCCCCUCAACAACAACAAUAACGGAGACGAGCGCAGCCUCAUCAUCUCUCCAGGAUCGAGCACCGGCACCAGAACUCUCCUCAACCACAACCUUCUCACAGUGCGAAUGAAGAAGAGCACAAACGCCACGCAGGACGACGGCAGUGAAGAGCGAGAGAGUGUGCUGUAAAGAGCAGGAUGACUUUUUUUUUUUAAUGAACUGAAAUCAACAUGGUACAGAGAAAGAGUUUGUCCUACUAUUCUCAGUUCAUGAUAAAUGUGCAAUUGUGCAGAGUGGAGGUGCUGAGUAAAUAAUUCUAUGUAUUUAAUGGAAGCUUUUCAGGUAAUAACAGACAUCUUUGGUCAAUAGGGUGCUACAAAACAAUGCAAUCAUCAACUAAUUUAGAAUUGUUACUGUUGUAGGCUGUUUUGCAGCUAGGAUCAUGGUCUAUAACGUGUGGAAUUAUUAUGUGUAAUUUACAUUAGGUCAGUGACUAAACAUGUAGAGGUGGAUAGUUAUUUAACUGUUAUAACAGUGAAGAGAAAAAUGCUUGCGUUAUGUGUAAAGCAACUUCUCAAAAAUUGAUCAUUAGUGCACUGAAGGUAAAUGCUUUAUGUUUAUGUUUAUUAUUUAUUAAUCUUUUGUGAAGCUGUUCGUGCAUAUUAGUGUUAGCUAGUGAAUAAAAAAAGGCUUCUAUGGAAUAAAAAAAGGCUUCUAUGAAAAUCCUGUGUGCUGUGUAAGUGUGAUGAGUAGUUGACAUUUCCUCAAAAUGCAUGACCAUGUUUCAGGAAGUAAUAAACACUGCAUUGCAAACACUG